AUGGCUUCCGUUGAUGUCAACAAAGGUAUCACAAGCCACAAAACGGCGACCAUCCGCAAUUACACCACAAAGCCGCGUCUGAGUAAGUAUUAAAAAUAUGAUUUAUAGUUUAAAUUCAAAAAAACUAACGACAUCUCCAAAGAUUGGAAAUACUUUACCGUUUCAAAAAAAUCAGGGAAAAUGGCGAGAUAAUUCAAAUAAUUUUUUUCAUUACCUUAUUAUGAACCACAAAGAUGAAUAAUUUGAAUAUAUUACAGUCUACCAAACCGUGUCCGGAGUAAACGGACCUCUGGUCAUCCUCAGUGACGUCAAGUUCCCUCAGUACAACGAGAUCGUCAAGAUCACGCUUCCUGACGGCACCAAGCGCUCCGGUCAAGUUCUUGAGAUCACCCGCAAUAAGGCUGUCGUCCAGGUUCAAUUUCUUCGUUUUUCUUUUUUCAAAUUGUUUUCUUUUCAAGGUGUUCGAAGGUACCUCGGGUAUUGAUGCGAAGAACACGAUUUGCGAGUUCACUGGCGAUAUUCUCCGAUCGCCAGUAUCUGAAGACAUGCUCGGCCGUAUUUUCAACGGAUCCGGCAAACCCAUCGAUAAGGUUUUCUUUUUUCUAGUUUUGAUUUUAUCGAACCAAUUUACUUUCAGGGACCACCAGUUUUGGCUGAAGACUUCCUCGACAUCAACGGUCAGCCAAUCAACCCAUGGUCGCGUAUUUAUCCUGAGGAAAUGAUCCAAACCGGAAUCUCCGCCAUCGAUGUGAUGAACUCCAUCGCCCGUGGACAGGUUAUAUUCAACUAUUUGAUGUUUACAAAUUUUCCUUUCUAAUUUCAGAAAAUCCCAAUUUUCUCCGCCGCCGGUCUGCCUCACAACGAAAUCGCCGCCCAGAUUGUGCGACAAGGAGGUCUCGUCCAGCUACCCGACAAGAAGUUCGAGGUCACCAACUUCGCCAUCGUCUUUGCUGCUAUGGGAGUCAACAUGGAAACUGCUCGAUUCUUCAAACAAGAUUUCGAAGAGAAUGGUAAACCCUUUUCAAACUAUAUUCAAAAGAUUGAUACGUUUUUUUGGAUGCGGAUCGCUUGAAAUCCAGUAGAAAACUCUGUAUGUUAUUAGACGAAAAUCUUGGAAGGUUCAUCAUGAAAAAGUUCCAUUCGCAAGGAAUUUUUUUUAUCAAGUGACGGAUUUUGUGGUUUUUCUCUGUUGUGAUUUUUGCUCCAGGAAUCUAAAAUUCAAGCUCGGGCUCAAACUUUCGGGGGAAUCAAAAAAUGAUCAUAAGCUGGAGGCAUGAAUAUAUUUACUGUUAAACGAAAAUUUAGAAGGAAUAUUAAACAUCAAUCUGCAGUUUUCCAAAAAGACUGUAGUCACUACAGGAGCGAAAAAAAUUUCUUCAAUUUUUUUAAAGCGCUGUAUAAGUAUGUCUUAACUCUUCUAAUAACCACCUUUCAGGCUCCAUGGAAAAUGUGUGCCUCUUCCUCAACUUGGCCAACGACCCGACCAUCGAACGUAUCAUCACUCCGCGUAUCGCCUUGACUGCUGCCGAGUUUUUGGCCUACCAGUGCCUGAAGCACGUGUUGGUCGUGCUCACUGACAUGUCCUCCUACGCCGAAGCUCUUCGUGAGGUAAGACUCAGUUUUCAGAUAUGAUUAUGAAAUGGUUUCUUUUCAAGGUCUCCGCCGCUCGUGAAGAAGUUCCCGGUCGACGUGGUUUCCCAGGUUACAUGUACACUGAUUUGGCCACCAUCUACGAACGUGCCGGUCGUGUCGAAGGCCGUGACGGAUCCAUCACUCAGAUCCCCAUCCUUACCAUGCCUAACGACGGUAUAUCUCAAUUGCAAAAAACUGUUCUUAUCCUUCAAUUCCAGAUAUUACUCACCCUAUCCCUGAUUUGACUGGAUACAUUACCGAAGGACAGAUCUACGUCGACCGUCAGCUUCACAAUCGUCUCAUCUACCCUCCAAUCAACGUGCUCCCUUCGCUUUCCCGACUCAUGAAGUCCGCUAUCGGAGAGGGAAUGACGCGUGAAGACCAUUCUGAUGUGUCCAAUCAGGUAUGCUCACUGAACUUUUUCAUAAUGAAAGAAGAAGAAUAGAAAUUGCGAAAAUCAUGAUGUCGAUGUUUCAGCUUUACGCUUGUUACGCCAUCGGAAAAGACGUGCAAGCCAUGAAGGCCGUCGUUGGAGAAGAAGCCUUGGCGGCUGACGACUUGUUGUACCUUGAGUUCCUCAUCAAGUUCGAAAAGAACUUCAUCACCCAAGGUAGCUGAAGAUUCUUCAUCAUAGCUUGAGCCACAAGUUUCAGGUCACUACGAGAACCGAACCGUCUUCGAGUCUCUUGACAUCGGAUGGCAGUUGCUCCGAAUCUUCCCUCGUGAAAUGCUCAAGCGUAUCCCGAAGAGCACCCUCGACAAGUACUACCCACGUGGCGGAGCCAAGGAGGACGGCAAAGAAUAG